AUGGCCCUUAUAAAUGAUGUGACGAAUAAAAAAUUGGAAAAAUUCCGUUCGUUAUUCACACAUGACGAUAUUAUUAAGAGUGCUGGUGGUGCUAUCGAUGCUUAUCUGUUGCCAAGUACUGAUGCUCAUCAGAGUGAAUAUAUUUCGAAACGUGAUUUCCGUGUCCAUUUUCUUACUGGAUUUUCUGGAUCAAACGCAUUUGCAUUAAUAACACAAAAAGAAGCAAUGGUUUGGACUGAUGGUAGAUAUUUUUUACAGGCGCAAAUUGAACUGGAACCAGGAUGGAAAUUGAUGAAGGACGGUAUUCCAGAUGCAAUUUCAACAACUGAUUGGAUGAUUCAGAACUUAAGCAAAGGUAGUCGAGUGGCUUUCGAUCCAAAAUUGUGUACACAUGCUGAAGCUUUGCGAAUAAUGGCUGUACUAAAAAAAUUUGAUAUUAAUGUUGUGCCUUUGAGAGGAAAUUUGGUCGACUAUUUAUGGCAUGAUAAACCGGAAGAAAAUUCAGGGAAGAUUAUGAUAAUGAAGGAAGAUGAACAUGGAAUGGAAACGACCAAAAAAAUUGAGAAAAUACGGCAUGAAUUACAGCUAAAAGGCUGCAAUGCAGCAAUUUUUACUAUCCUGGACGAUAUUGCAUGGUUACUAAACAUUCGUGGUUCGGAUAUUCCGUAUAAUCCGGUUGUUUAUGCGAUUAUUUUCUUUACUCCCGAUGACGCUCAUUUAUUUAUCAGUAAACGAAAAUUAAACAGUGAAAUACUGAAUCAUCUUACAAACAUAGUAAUUCAUGAAUACAACGAAGCAACUGAAUGGAUUGGAAAAUGGCUUCGAAGUCAUAAAGGCCAAUACAAAGUUUGCAUUCCAGACUCAACAAAUUAUGAAUUGGGAGCUUUGGUCGAGCCGGAUGAUGGCGUAUCAUUAGCUUCGCCUGUUCAAUUUAUAAAAGCUAUAAAGAAUGAGUGCGAAUUAAGCGGGAUGAGAAGAUCAAGUAUCCGUGAUAGUGCCGCGAUAACUGAAUACCUUGUCUGGUUGGAAGAACAGAUAGCUGCUGGCAAAGAGAUUACUGAAAUAGCUGCUGGUAAGAAAAUGGAUGAAUUUCGUAGCAAACAACCUCUUUUUGUUGAUUUAAGUUUUCAAACGAUAGCAGCGGUGAAUGAGCACGCAGCCUUACCGCAUUAUCGAAGUACUCCAACAACGGGUAAACAACUGCUGACUAAGUCUUGUAUAUUCUUAAUCGAUUCUGGUGGACAUUACCGCGAUGGGACAACCGAUGUAACACGAACAAUUGCUUUUCCAGAUAAUAAGGAUAUGGAAUUUAGAAGAAUGUUCACUUUGGUCCUUAAAGGACAUAUUGCUAAUGCUAAGCUCAUUUUUCCUAAUGGUGUAAACGGAAUACGUAUGGAUGCAUUGUCACGGCAAUAUCUCUGGAAUGAUGGAUUAGAUUUUCAGCAUGGUGUAGGGCACGGUGUGGGACAUUUUCUGAAUGUACAUGAAGGACCAGUUGGUAUUACAUUUCGCAAAUACGAAAAAGAAGGUGGAAUUCGUAAAGGAAAUGUGAUAACAAUUGAGCCUGGUUUUUAUGUUGAAGGCAAAUGGGGCAUAAGAAUUGAAAAUUGUUAUGAGGUUGUAGCUGCUGAUAAAGUGCGUUCAAAUGCAAAGAACUUUCUAACUUUUUCACCGUUGACUUUGGUACCAAUACAGAAGUCUUUGGUGGACAAAACUUUACUUUCAUUGGAAGAGAUUGAGUGGUUUAACCGUUAUCAUGUCAUGUGUUUUGAAAAAGUUGGUCCUUAUUUAUUGGAAACAGGCAAGAAAAAAGAGUAUGAAUGGCUUGUAAAUGCUUGUGCUCCCAUAUAA